AUGAAUGACUCGCACAGAGUGUCAGCCGCACAACAGGUGGUGUCCAUAGAGACCGCCAGUGAAACCCAUUUCAACAACAAACAUCGCGUCAACAGUAAAGCCGAUCACAAGAUGUCUAAUAUAGUGACCAACGACUCGAAAGCGCCGGUUCGCGACCCGCGACGGAUCCAAUUCGGGAUUCUCGGACCCGACGAAGUGAGGCGGAUGUCUGUCACCGACGGCGGCGUUCUCUACGCCGAGAUCUAUGAGAACGGACGGCCAAAGUUGGGCGGACUGAUGGACCCGAGACAGGGCGUCAUCGACCGCACGAGUCGGUGCCAGACGUGUGCGGGCAAUAUGACUGAAUGUCCGGGACAUUUCGGACACCUGGAGUUGGCUAAACCCGUCUUUCACAUCGGCUUUCUCACUAAAAUCAUUAAGACUUUACGCUGUGUUUGCUUUUACUGUUCAAAACUAUUGAUUUCGCCCACAAAUCACAAACUCACUGAAAUUGUCAAAGAAACCAAAGGCAACCCACGGAAGCGUUUGGGACACGUCUACGACCUCUGCAAAGGGAAGAACAUCUGCGAAGGCGGUGAUGACAUCGAUAUAAACAAAGCGGAAGCGGGCGAUGAACCGGAUCAGAUGAAGAAGAAGCAGAACACUCACGGAGGUUGCGGGCGAUAUCAGCCCAGUAUUAGACGAGUGGGUCUGGAGUUGACGGCGGAGUGGAAACACUUGAAUGAAGACUCGCAGGAGAAGAAGAUAUUCCUCACCGCAGAAAGAGUUCACGAGAUAUUCAAACACAUUAGCGAUGAAGAGGUUAUUAUUAUUGGAAUGGAUCCGAAAUUCGCUCGACCCGAUUGGAUGUGUAUCACAGUAUUGCCGGUUCCGCCACUCUGUGUCCGACCGGCGGUUGUAAUGUUCGGUUCGGCCAGAAAUCAGGACGACUUGACGCACAAACUGUCAGAUAUAGUGAAAUGUAAUGCAGAGCUGAUCCGUAACGAGCAGUCGGGUGCGGCCACUCAUAUAAUUGCCGAAAACGUAAAGAUGCUUCAAUACCACUGCGCGACUCUUGUGGACAAUGAUAUCCCGGGUAUACCUAAAGCCCAACAGAAGUCCGGCCGUCCGCUCAAGUCUAUCAAACAGCGCCUGAAGUCAAAAGAGGGCCGAAUUCGUGGUAAUCUUAUGGGCAAAAGAGUGGACUUUAGCGCNGAGAGUCGAUCGGUAGAGCGAGUGUACGAUAAUUAA